AUGCCUUCUAGAUGCCAUGACCUAGUUGUUGAGCAUCAGAGAGGGUUGACAAUUUUAGGUUAUCCGGCUUUCACACCUAAUCUGCUGAUUCAUGGCUUAGAUCCUCCUCAAUUCCAGAUACUCAUUGCCAAUGGAAAGACUGUCGAUGCGAACGAGAUAGUCGCGGGAGCAGGAAUGUAUCCACUCGACUUAAAUGAUAAUAUAAAGGACUAUAAGUGGUUUGUGUCUAUGGAUCAUGGUGGGCAAUACGAAACUGAUGACCAAGGAUGGAGCUACGGGUGGAGAUUCGGCAGCCAUCACUGGAAGUCAAAGAAUGGUUUCGUGAGGAAGCGUUUCUGGACUAGAAUGCCUGCAAAACCCGAACAACUUUACAUCGAAGACACUGUAGAUAACGACCAAUUUCCACAAGACAGCAGCGCCAGUGAGUGUGGUGAAGUCUCUGCCACAGAGAUGAUGUCGCCAGAAGACGCCCUGAUAAAGGACCUCGAAAGGCCUCUAGUCGAUAGACAAAGACUUGAAAAGAUUCAGGAAUUUUUAAGGCCGUUAUCCGUUGAAGAUAUGAAGAAAUUGUGUACUAGUGAUUCACCCUUCUUGAACAAGGUUUUGAAGACUCUACUUUUUGAGAUGUCGAAGAAGAAACUUCUAGAUGUUGUGCUGCCAGAACUGCUUAUACAGAAAGAAAAAUCCAGACCACUUUAA